UCAAUAGCACUGGUGCAUCGAUAUCUCCAGAAGCAUAGAUCAUAUAGCAUCGCUUCGGUAUCCGGUAAGCGCAUAUAUCGUACCCGCCGGCAAACACACAGCACUGCUACAGCAUGAUACAGCUGCUGGACCGUGUAUUGAGCUUCAUCAACUACUGGUGGUUUCGGUAUUUGAUGAUAACGGAGCUGUACAUGGUGGAAAGCUGGGAACGGGUCACGAUACAUGUGUUUCUCUUCGUAAUAUUCCUCGUCCAGUGGUAUUUCAACUGCAAGGUGGUGCUUCCCUUUACCGGGAACCUUUUAGGCAUUCAACCGGUGGAUCAGCAGAACGUCUCGCCGUUACCACACUCUUGAACACUCCUCAUGAGGUGUACCGAAAGUUGCACACGUCGAAAGCCCAUCCCAACUCGCCGGUAUGUGAAUGGAGUUUUACUAUGAAGUAUUUUACGGACAAACACCAGUUAAAUCUCAUCGACUUUAUCCUACUGUACAAGGAUCUGAUGUUUUUGUAUUGCUUUUGUUGCGCUUAAGUGAAAAUUCUAAUUGUGUUUUUACACUAGUGUUUAUGAAUGUAUCUGUGCAAGGAAAUAUAAAAGAAUG